AUGUACAUGUACAUCGUAGCCUACACUAUACCCCAACCCUCCCUCCGCCAAACCCUCCGCCAAACGCUGCACCAACGCGCCCGCAACAACACCCUCCGCAAACUGACCCUCCCCGCCCCAAAUGCCACCGACUUCUCCUCGAACGACUUCCUCUCCCUCUCCACCAACCCCCUCUACCGCCGCCGCUACCUGCACCACCUCACCACCCUCCCGCCCUCCCACCCGCUCGCCAGCGGCGGCUCGCGCCUCCUCGAUGGCAACUCCGCCUACACGGAAGCCCUGGAGUCCCAACUCGCGCGCUUCCACAACAGCGACUCCGCCCUCCUCUUCAACAGCGGCUUCGACGCCAACUGGGGGGUGCUGUCCACGCUCCCGCAGCCCAACGACCUGAUCCUGUAUGACGAAGCCAUCCACGCCAGCGCCCACGAGGGCAUGCGGCGGUCCCGCGCCUCCCAGGCCCUGGCGUUCCGGCACAGCAGCCCCCAGAGUCUGCAAGCGGUGCUCAGCGCGCAGAUCCAGCUCGACCCGACGCUGCAAGACGGCUCCCGGAAUGUGUUUGUCGUCGUCGAGUCCGUGUACAGUAUGGAUGGGGAUGUGGCCCCGCUGGCGGAGUUUGUGGCCGUCGUGGAUGCGUUGCUGCCGCGCGGGAAUGGGUAUUGGGUCGUGGAUGAGGCGCAUGCGACGGGUGUGUGUGGGCCGAAAGGCGCGGGGGUCGUGCAGGGGUUGGGGUUGGAGGGGCGCAUGUACGUCCGGGUCCAUACGUUUGGGAAGGCUUUGGGGUGUCAUGGUGCGGUCGUGCUUUGCGAUCCUGAUACGAGGGAAUACCUCAUCAAUUAUGCGCGGAGUCUGAUCUAUACGACCGCGCUUGGGUUUCCGUUCCUCGCGGCGAUCCGCACCGCGUAUGAGAUGCUGGAGGGCGGGGAGACGGUCGGGUUGCAAGAAACGCUGCACCAGCGGAUCCGGUAUCUCCGGGAGCGAUUGGCCGCCAUCCAGCCGGUGGACGCGACGCUGUUCACCCUCGACCAUCACCCGGGGUCCCCGAUCUUCUCGCUGCGCUGCGCCCUGCCCCGCCGGCUGGCGGCCGCGUGUCAGGCCCGCGGCUACGUCGUGCGCGCCAUCUUGCCGCCCACCGUCCCGGCGGGCCAGGAGCGCGUGCGCGUGUGUCUUCAUGCGGGGAAUACGGAAGAUGAGAUCGAUGGGUUGGUCGAGACGAUUGUGGAGUGGUUGGAGGAGGCGCAGGGCGAGGAACAGAUGCAGGUUGCUAAGGUUGCGCGGUUGUGA